ACUCUCUUCGCUGAAGACGUCUCGGCGUUUAAACUCAACACCGAUCUUUACGGGUCGCAUCCGGUUUAUAUGGAUUUGAGAAACGUUAGAGGUAAUUGGAGGUGUUUUCGAUUUCUAUUUCUUAGCCGGAUCGUCGCCUCUUAACGUCGUUGAUCAAUACACUUCGUUAAUCGGACGGCCAGCACCAAUGCCGUACUGGUCUCUAGGGUUUCAUCAAUGUAGAUGGGGUUACCGUAACGUAUCAGUUGUUGAAGAUGUUGUGGACAAUUAUCGCAAGGCUAAGAUCCCUCUUGAUGUGAUUUGGAACGAUGCUGAUUACAUGGAUGGUUACAAGGACUUCACCUUGGAUACUGUGAACUUCCCUCGUGCUAAGCUAUUAGCUUUCUUGGAUAGAAUCCAUAAGAUGGGAAUGAAGUAUGUUGUGAUUACUGAUCCUGGUAUUGGUGUUAACGCGAGCUACGGUGUAUACCUAAGAGGCAUGGCCAACGAUGUGUUCAUUAAAUAUGAAGGUAAGCCUUUCUUGGCUCAAGUGUGGCCUGGUCCGGUUUACUUCCCUGAUUUCCUUAACCCUAAAACGGUUUCUUGGUGGGGCGAUGAAAUCCGACGUUUCCAUGAAUUAGUACCCAUUGAUGGUUUAUGGAUAGACAUGAAUGAGGUCUCCAACUUCUGUUCUGGUUUGUGCACAAUCCCUGAAGGGAAGCAAUGUCCGAGUGGGGAUGAACCUAGUGCGAGGUGUUGCUUAGACUGCAAGAAUUUAACCAAUACAAGGUGGGAUGAUCCACCUUACAAGAUCAAUGCUACUGGACACAAAGCUCCUCUCGGGUUCAAGACUAUUGCCACAAGUGCUUAUCAUUACAAUGGUGUUCGAGAGUACGACGCUCACAGCAUCUAUGGGUUCUCUGAGACCAUAGCAACCCACAAGGCCUUACUUGCUAUCCAAGGCAAACGUCCGUUCAUAUUAUCUCGGUCCACUUUUGUUGGUUCAGGUCAGUACGCUGCUCACUGGACCGGAGAUAACCAAGGAACAUGGCAGAGCUUGCAAGUAUCUAUCUCAACAAUGUUGAAUUUUGGAAUAUUUGGAGUUCCCAUGGUUGGUUCAGACAUAUGUGGAUUCUUCCCUCCGACACAAGAAGAACUAUGCAACCGUUGGAUUGAAGUUGGUGCGUUUUACCCCUUUUCAAGAAAUCACGCAGAUUACUACGCUCCAAGAAAAGAGCUUUACCAAUGGGAAACAGUUGCAGAGUCAGCUCGUAACGCUCUUGGGAUGAGAUACAAACUCCUUCCUUUUCUCUACACUCUUAACUACGAAGCCCAUAUGACUGGUGCACCAGUGGCUAGACCACUCUUCUUCUCUUUCCCUGACUUCACCGAAUGCUAUGGUUUGAGCAAACAGUUCUUGCUUGGAAGCAGCUUGAUGAUAUCACCGGUUCUUGAGCAAGGCAAAACCCAAGUGGAAGCACUGUUCCCACCAGGUUCUUGGUAUCAUAUGUUUGACAUGACUCAGGUCGUUGUUUCCAAGAACGGGAAGCGUGUGACUCUCCCAGCUCCUUUAAACGCUGUGAACGUGCAUCUGUACGAGAACACGAUAUUACCUAUGCAACAAGGUGGGUUGGUUUCUAAAGAAGCGAGAACUACACCGUUUAGUCUGGUCGUCACUUUCCCGGCGGGAGCGUCAGAGGGAUAUGCCACCGGGAAACUCUUUCUGGACGAGGAUGAGCUUCCGGAGAUGGAACUUGGAAACGGGCAGUCAACGAACGUUGACUUCUACGCAUCCGUUGGAAAUGAGAGUGUGAAGAUAUGGUCGCAAGUGAAAGAAGGUAAGUUUGCGUUGAGCAAAGGUUUAGUGAUUGAGAAAGUGAUUGUUUUGGGACUUCAAGGAACAGGGGAAGUUUCUGAAAUACAUAUCAAUGGGAACCCAAUCUUGAACGAGACCAAGACGAUUGAGGUUAGCUCCAAGGAGCAGAAGUAUGUGGUGAGUUCGGAAGAUGAAGGAGAGAGUAAGAGCUUCAUGGUUGAGCUUAAGGGCCUUGAGAUACUAGUGGGUAAGGACUUCAAUAUAUCCUGGAAAAUGGCUAUUUCUGAAAUACAUAUCAAUGGGAACCCAAUCUUGAACGAGACCAAGACGAUUGAGGUUAGCUCCAAGGAGCAGAAGUAUGUGGUGGGUUCGGAAGAUGAAGGAGAGAGUAAGAGCUUCAUGGUUGAGCUUAAGGGCCUUGAGAUACUAGUGGAAGCGAGAACUACACCGUUUAGUCUGGUCGUCACUUUCCCGGCGGGAGCGUCAGAGGGAUAUGCCACCGGGAAACUCUUUCUGGACGAGGAUGAGCUUCCGGAGAUGGAACUUGGAAACGGGCAGUCAACGAACGGGCAACUGUAA